AUGCCUGUGAUGCCGGUGAAGUUAUCAGCAAAUGGUGUUUGUCAAGCUUCGGCAAGAAGUUCUGGCGAACUUCUGACAGCGACGAGCCUAGGCAGACUUCAGAGAAACCUGGCAACGGUUGCACAGGUUCAGCCAAAGCCGACCAUCUUCCGAACUGAUGAAGCAGAACCGGCGAAGCACAACGACGUUCAUCAUGGCCUGUUCUACACUAUUCCCAAUGACACUGCUAGUCUCCUCUUUGUCCUGGGCGGCUUUGACAAGGAGCAGCAGCUGAUGCUUAAAACGUUCAGAGAGACGUCCAUUAUGGUUCGGAAGCCAGCACUUGAGAUCAUAAACUACCUCAACAAAACCGACUUUAACAAGCCGCCUAAUCGAUAUGUUUUGUACGGACCAAUUGGCUCGGGAAAAACUUAUACUCUAAACCAUCUUCUUCAUUAUGGAUUCAGUCAAAAAUUCGUUUUGAUCUACUGCAGCAAACCCACCGAUUGGACCAAGUUUCCGCAGGAGUACUCUGCUUCAUCUGAAAAUCCCAAACGAAUCGACACGCCACUGGAUGCGGCAGUUUGGCUGCAGCACUUCAAAGCUCAAAAUUUAAACUUGCUCGAGGAGUUGAAACUUACAUCCCUCAACAAGUACACCUGGAGUUUGCGAGAGCACACCAACCCCGGGGACAGUCUGAUGUCCAUCGUCGAGCAUGGCAUUAAUCGAAUUAAGCACGCCUCGGACUGUAUGGCCGUCUUGCUGAAGGAGCUGAAGCUCAACUCUGAAAAGGGUAACUGUCGCCUGUUGGUCGUUGCUGACAAGGCAAAUGCUUUCUACGAGCCAACAUUGCUCCGCUUCCCUGAUCGAACCUGUGCCACCGCUGAUGACAUCACCAUUGCUCGUGCCUUCAAGAAGCUUUUCAAGAAAGACUGGCAAAAUGGAGCCGUCGUGGCCAGUGUUUGCAAGAAGCUUGUCGUGCCCUAUCGAAUAUUUCCAAUUCAUGGACUGAAAAACCGAAGAGAACGCGAACGAGUGUACAAACACUGGGGCCCCUUCAAUGUGGAUCACAUCAGCGACUACCCGCGAGAUCUUCUCACUGAUGAGGGCUUCCACGACUUUGACCCCUUUGUGCCGAUCGAAGUGGAAAAGUAUUCCGACAAGGAGAUGGUCACCUGUCUCGAGUACUACCAAGACCGUCGAUGGCUACAACGACCGGCGGCGUUUACCGAAGAAGGCCGAGAAGAGAUCAAGUUCCUCUCCGGUGCGAAUCCCUUUCACGUGUACGAGUUUUGCUCCAGCCUGUAA